CUACAUAUAAUCAUGAUGAUCACCGGUGAAUUCGAUCUGAAAACUUGGUAGCGCCAAAUCGCCCAAACAAGUUCACUACUCCACUGCUACGGUACGCAGCGGCCGACGGCAGGGCACCAACACAGCAGCUACUCCAACAGCCUUCGUCUGCUCCCCCAACUCCACUGCUCUGCUGAGCCGCCAUGGCGGAGCUCGAGGCCGGGUCCAUCUCCAUGGCGGCCGGCGGCGGCGGCCGACUACGGAACGCCCUGAGCGGCGUGCUGUGUGCUUUCACCCUCCUCCUUAUCGGCGUCCUCGCCUUCUCCAUCCGCCUCUUCUCCGUGAUCAAGUACGAGAGCGUGAUCCACGAGUUCGAUCCCUACUUCAACUACCGCGUCACUCAGUUUUUGUCAAAGAGUGGAAUCUACGAGUUUUGGAACUGGUUUGACGAUCGAACAUGGUACCCCCUCGGACGUGUUAUUGGCGGCACCGUGGCCGGAGAAGAUGGCCGAGCUAGAGGAGGACGUGGUUCCUGGGAUGAUCGGUGGAAGGUUGUACUGGGAACACUUCUGGCAGCAUUGGUACCUGUGGUUGGUUUUAAUGCAAUAUUGACAUCAGAGCACUUUGCAUCAUUUCUGGUGUUUAUAAUCCUCCAUGUGGUUGCUCUUGUGUAUUACAUCAAAGGACUUUUAACUCCUCGGCUGUUCAAAGUGGCCAUGACAUUUGUACUAACGGUUGGCUUAGCCCUUUGUUUCGCUGUAGUAGCGGUACUUGCUGCAUUGGUCGCAUCUAGCCCAACAAAAGGUUGGAGUGGGCGCAGUUUGAGUCUACUUGACCCAACAUAUGCAAGCAAGUACAUCCCUAUCAUUGCUAGCGUGAGCGAACAUCAACCACCUACCUGGCCUUCUUACUUUAUGGCUAUCAAUGUGCUAGCCUUCUUAGUUCCUGCUGGGAUCAUAUCAUGCUUCUUACCUUUAUCUGAUGCAAGCUCAUUUUUGGUCUUGUACUUGGUAACUUCAGUAUAUUUCUCUGGGGUAAUGGUACGACUGAUGCUUGUUCUUGCCCCUGCUGUGUGCAUUUUGUCUGGGAUUGCUCUGUCAGAAGCUUUUAAUGUCCUCACACGAUCAAUGAAAUUUCAGCGCCCAAUAUCAGAUGAUACCCUUCCAACUGGAGGAGAUAGUACCCCAGGGAGUUCCAGUACAGCCACUAUCACAACUUCCACGAAAAAUGCGAACAUAAAAAAAGAAAAAAUGGGGACUAUUUCAAAGGAAAGAUCAUCAAAGAAGAGUCGGAAGGAAACAGAAUUGGUGGGAAGUUCUCCUGUUAGGCCCGAAAAGGAGGAGAAGCUUUGUGUACUGCCUUCUGAAGCAUCUGCCAUGGGUAUACUGUUCCUGAUCAUGCUUUGUGGACUUUAUGUGAUCCAUUGUGUAUGGGCAGCUGCAGAAGCAUACUCUGCACCCUCAAUUGUGCUGACAUCACGUUCACACAACGGGUUGCAUGUUUAUGACGAUUUCCGUGAAUCUUAUGCAUGGCUGCGCCAUAACACAGAAGUAGACGAUAAGGUUGCGUCAUGGUGGGACUAUGGUUAUCAGACAACUGCAAUGGCCAACAGGACUGUGAUUGUAGACAAUAAUACCUGGAAUAACACGCACAUAGCGACAGUUGGGACAGCAAUGUCAUCCCCAGAAAAAGGAGCAUGGGAGAUCUUCAAUUCCUUAGAUGUCAAAUAUGUGCUUGUGGUCUUUGGAGGGCUUAGUGGCUACCCAAGUGAUGAUAUUAAUAAGUUCCUCUGGAUGGUUCGAAUCGGAGGUGGUGAAUUCCCUCACAUCAAGGAACAGGAUUACCUUAGGGAUGGCAACUACCGUGUUGAUGCUCAGGGCACUCCAACAAUGCUGAAUUGCCUCAUGUACAAGCUUUGUUAUUACAGAUUCGCUGAGACUGAUGGCAAGGGGUUUGACAGAGCGAGAAAAUAUGAAAUAGGAAGGAAGCAUUUUAAACUGACCCAUUUUGAGGAGGUUUUUACAACCCAGCACUGGAUGGUUAGGAUUUACAAACUGAAACCGCAAAAGAACAGGGUCCGAGGAAAGUUGAAACUGAAAUUGAAAUAUAGUUCGAAAACAAGUUUAAUGCGCAAAGGGGCUGGAAAGAAGAACCCAUGGCAGUAGUCGAAUAGAGAACACAUGCCCACUAUUACCCUUAAAGAACACAAACUCACUAUUUGGCUUGCCCAAAGUUCCCGAUCUCGGGAAAAUUACACGCUAACGAGAAGAACUUGGUUAGAGAUAUCCACAUUUUUGUAUACUUUGCCGCGUGUCACAUUUCUCUCUCUUACACCUCCAGUGUGGUUCUGUGGUGCAAGGAGAGGAAAGAGGUAUCCCGGAUGCAGGAGAUUCCAUUUCCCAUGUAGCAAUUGAGUGAACAACAGAAAUUUUGAAUUAUGUCAAGGAGCGAACAACUUGCUGUGUGCUGUAUACAACGUUGCACCUCGGCAUCAUCGUCACCACUUCUCCCUGAGCAAAGCAAGUGCCUAUGAUACCUUGAAAUGGUAUGAUUGGCACUAUGUUACAAAAGUUAUAUUUGAAGCAGUGAGGUCCAAAAAUAUGAACCCUUUUAUGAAAGGGAAGGAAUUAUUCUGUAUGCAGCCUGGAUAAGCUGGAAGCCUUGAUAUUAUGUAGAGUUUGAAUUAGUUUUGGUUGGGGUGUGCCAGGCCAGGGCAGUAGUGCAACGCCCAGACGACACAUGUGAACCCCAGUAGCAAGCUACUAUUGUGGACCACCCCCAUAAAAAAUAAAUUUAAUAUCAUUGUAA